UUCGCAAGAAUUUGUGUGCGCAGGUGUAUCAAGGCCGAGAAAACGGCUAAAAAAGGGCAGCUACAAAGAACGACGGUCUUGACUAGAUAAAACGUUUUAUCUUUCACGAAGAAUAAUAUUUGUGUAUGCAGUUGUGUGCGUGUGCGUGUGCAUGUAGUGCGGGUUGCGAACAAAAAUAUCCAUUGAAAAUUAGCGCAAAUUAAAUUGGCUGCUGGCGUCACGAUUUGCAUAAACUUAAUCGACAAAAGCAUUUAGUAGGAGCCUAAGCCUAAGCCAUAAUGAGUAAGCCGGGCAGUGCUCCGCCGCAGUUUACCUAUGUGCCGCCACCAUCGGCACCGCCAUCAUACCAGGAGGCGGUGGGCGGCGUCAAGCCCGUGGGCCCCUACACACCCGUAGUGGCUCCCGCCACCACCAACACAACCAUAGUGACUACAUUAGUGCCUAUUAGCCGGUCCUCAACGCACAUGAUCUGUCCGUCGUGUCACGCCGAGAUUGAAACGACCACGCGCACCGAGCCCGGAAUGAUUGCCUAUUUGUCUGGAUUUUUGAUUGCCCUGUUUGGAUGCUGGCUGGGAUGCUGCCUGAUACCGUGCUGCAUUGACGACUGCAUGGACGUGCAUCAUUCAUGCCCCAACUGCAGGGCAUACUUGGGGCGCUACCGGCGAUAAGAUCCGGCGGUUGAUCCAGCUCGGUUCGAUUGCAGCUCCGUGGUGUAAUUACUUUAAGCAAGCGUUUUGCCUUUAUUUAUUUAAUUGUAGUAAUGUCAUUUGGAUUCCACAUGGAGGCAGGUGGAACGAGCCCAGGCUUCCCUUAAUCUAACUCUAACUUGCUAAAAUUGCUCAGUGCCGCCGGUGUUUAUAUAUUUUUCGGUUUGUCCCCACUUUUUUAACUGUUAUACUUGUAUGUUUCUGCCACGCUAAAGAUAGUUAUAUACGUGUACAUUAAACCACCCAGGACAACUACGACGAAAAUUAAAUAAUAAAUAUGCUUUUGUACGUAGUACUCAUACAAAUAUGCACUUGGCACCUGCCUGCUGGGUCCAUUUUGAAGCAGGAGGAGCCCUUGGAUACACUUGCACAAAUUGUAAAUCUAUACAAGUUUAGCCCCAAAGUUUUCUUCGCGCACAUCGAUUAAUAUAUUAUAUAUACAUAUAAUAUAUAUUUAUGGCAUAAAUAUAAUGUAGUCGGUUGAACAAAAAGACACAUGAUACAACAUAUUUUUGUAAUGAUCUGUAAAAGAAUCUUAGGCGAAUGUGCAUAAUUUGUAUGCUAUAAAAGCUAAUCUGUGUAAUGAUUAAUCACCAAAACUA